AUGUCGAAUGGUCAAGUGGAACGAUUUAAUUCAACCUUUUGUGAUCAACUCAAGAAAUAUUAUCAUGAUAACGUCAAUGAUUGGGAUAUUUAUUUGCAAUCCAUUGUAUGGGCAUAUAAUUCGAGUAUUCACUCUGUAACUGGUUUUAUCCCAUAUGAAUUAGCAUUUAAUCGUCGAUUAAUAUCACCGUUUAAAUUUCUAUCAUCAAAAAUUGUCAUGUUAAAACCACACGAUUAUUGGGAAAAAGCAAACAAAUUCAAGCAAGUGGCCAUUCAUGCAGCUCAAUUCAAUAUCAAACAACAACAACAAUUGAGUAAACGACGAUACGACAAAGGACGAGCCAAUCCAAUAUACACACUAGAUGACAUGGUAUGA